AAGAAAACGCUGGAGUGGCGGCCUUGACUAUUGAUCUCUAAACAUCUGGAACACCUCAUAUUUGUUUUACAAGGCAGAGGCGGACAGUCUGGGACUGAGACACAGGGAGUGAGACAGCAGCGGCAGCAGCAGCAGCAGCAGCAGGACGGAGCACUUGACACCUUUGCUUCACGGCAUCGAUAUGCAGUAGUGUGAUAGCAGCUCUGCGGAGACGGGAAGGCCAGUCCAUGGCAUCUUGAUAUUAAAACCGUGGGCUGUGCGCAUUCCUCACCGACGGCGUCGAAAGGAUUAUUACCUUGGUCAGAUAAACGGCGGCAAACGAGGAGAGGAGGGACACACACACACACGCGCGCACACACAACACAUCUUACCACUAAAUUACAUUUGACCAGAUUCUGUGUUGGGAGGUUUGGUGGGAUAUCAUUGGACCUGCGAUGGACUCCAGCGCGGGGGAAUAUGGCAUGGCUCGUCUUGGAUUGUUUUUGGUUUUUUUCACGGGGCUGUGGAGAUUUAGCGAUGCGUGCCCCGCAUCGUGCACUUGCAGCAUCUCAAGGAUUGUUUGUAUUGAUUCCGAACCAGGGAUCGAGGAUUUCCCCAUGCUCACGUUAGAUGACAUGGAAAACAUCACCGAGAUAUUCAUUGCUAAUCAGAACAGACUGUUUGACAUUAACGACAACAGUCUGAGGCACUACAUAAACCUCAGAAACCUAACAGUGACGAGGACGAGACUGACGUCAAUAUCACCAGAUGCAUUUUUUAAUAAUACAAGACUUCAAUAUGUAAAUCUCAGACACAAUAAUCUAUCAAUAUUGUCUUGGAGAACAUUUCAGAACUUCAACACAACAUUGCCGCUCCUGCUGUUUGGAAACCCUCUGGAUUGUAUUUGUGAGAACCUGUGGAUCAAAUUGAGGCUCCAAGAAGAAGGCGACGGUCAGGAGCUGAGAUGCACGGACGACAGAGGAGAGACGACGCCCUUUGCCACACUCACGCCGCCAGAUUGUGUGGUUCCCAUCGUGGAUGUCACGCCAAAGAUGGUGACCAAGAUGCAGGGGAGUAACGUGAAGGCCGUGUGCACCGCCACAGGCUCCCCUCCUCCCGAGAUCCUGUGGAACCUCGAUAUUCUCUCCACCCACCACGAGAUCGAACCAAAGGAAACAGAGAGCACCCUCACCUUGUCAGGCCUGUCUCCCGACGACAACGGCAGGGAGAUCAUAUGCAGUGCCGAGAACAUGGUCGGUCAGAUGGAGGCCACCAUUCACCUUAACAUUCUCUUUGCCCCGACCAUCCAGCAGCUGCUGGAGCCGGAGCAGAACCACCACUGGUGCAUCCCCUUCAGCGUGACGGGGAACCCUAAGCCCGAGCUGCAGUGGUAUCACAGGAACGUGACUCUCCAGGAGCAGGACUACAUCCACACCCAGAUCCACCUCUCCACUGAGAACGAGGACCACGGCUGCUUGCAGCUGGUCAACCCCACGCACAUCCACAACGGCAUGUACAAGCUGGUGGCGAAGAAUGAGUAUGGCCGGGACGAAAAGAAAGUCUUUGCCCAAUUCAUUGACCCACCUGAAAUAGGUUGGAACGGUCUGUUUCUAUUUUACAGCUAUACGACCACUUCUCCACUCCCUCCGUUGGACGACAGUGUCGCUGUGUAUGUGGUUGUGGGAAUCGCAGGAGUUGCCUUGACCGGCUGUGUCCUGAUGGUGAUCAUCCUGAAAUAUGGAAGAAACUCCAAGUUUGGUAUUAAAGGCUCCUCCUCAGUCAUCAGUAAUGACGAUGACUCUGCCAGCCCUCUUCAUCACGUCUCCAAUGGCAACAACACCCCAUCGUCCUCGGAGAUGGGUCCAGACGCAGUGAUCAUUGGGAUGACAAAGAUUCCUGUCAUUGAGAACCCACAGUACUUCCGUAACACCGGCAGCAUGCUGAAAUCUGACACGUUCGUGCAGCACAUCAAGAGACACAACAUCGUGCUGAAGCGGGAGCUGGGAGAGGGAGCCUUCGGGAAGGUCUUUCUCGCCGAGUGCUACAACCUGACGCCAGACCAGGAGAAGAUUCACGUGGCAGUCAAGACUCUGAAAGAGGGCAGCGAGAGCGGCCGAGCGGACUUCUACAGGGAGGCCGAGCUCCUCACCAACCUGCAGCACGAACACAUCGUCACCUUCUACGGAGUGUGCGUAGAGAGCGACCCACUCAUCAUGGUGUUUGAAUACAUGAAGCAUGGUGACCUCAACAAGUUUCUCAGGUCCCAUGGUCCUGAUGCUGUGUUAAUGGCAGACGGGCAACACAGCAUCCUGGUGGAGCUGACCCAGUCCCAGAUGCUGCACAUUGCACAACAGAUUGCUGCUGGCAUGGUUUACCUGGCCUCCCAGCACUUUGUCCACAGAGACCUGGCAACCAGGAACUGCCUGGUGGGGGAGAACCUGAUGGUCAAGAUCGGAGACUUUGGCAUGUCCAGAGAUGUUUACAGCUCAGACUAUUACAGAGUGGGCGGUCACACGAUGCUGCCGAUCCGCUGGAUGCCCCCGGAGAGCAUCAUGUACAGGCGGUUCACCACGGAGAGUGACGUGUGGAGCCUGGGAGUGGUGCUGUGGGAGAUCUUCACCUACGGCAAACAGCCCUGGUACCAGCUCUCCAACAACGAGGUGAUUGAGUGCAUCACCCAGGGUCGCGUGCUGCAGCGACCCCGCACCUGCCCGAAAGAGGUCUAUGAUCUGAUGCUGGGUUGCUGGCAGAGGGAGCCCUACAUGAGGCUGAACAUCAAGGAGAUCCACAGCAUGCUCCAGAGCCUCGCCAAGGCCUCACCCGUGUACUUGGACAUACUGGGCUGAUGUGCCGGGUGUUCCUGUAUGUACUUUGCGUGCAUGUGUGCGUGCUGGGGCUUCGUACUACGUGUUGUGUGUGUUGGACGGAGAGGAGGAGGAGGAGAAGAAGCUUGCGUGACUGUGUGGGUGCGUCUGUGUACAGUACCUGGCUGUAAAUGUUCCUGUAAAUGCUCUCCGUGUCCUCAUUACAUCGACAAAAGCCUUAAAAUUCUUUGUUGUUUUUUUUUUUUUUUUGCUUUUUUCUGUACCCAUCCACAGUAUUUGCCGAUGCAUGUUUCACAAGUGGAAACCAAAACGCGGAAAAGGAUUCUGUCACUUUAUCUAAAUCACUAACACGUUCACACACACACACACACACACACACAGAUGAAGAGAAAAAACUCGAUAAUCAGACACUGGCUGUUCUGUUUACAUCCAUACAAUUAAUGCUGUGAAUGAAAUCAACGUGUCCCUCCAUGUUUGGACACAACGUAAUUGUGAAUUGAGCGUUGUCUUUUUCCUUUAGUUUUGUCAGCAGUGUCACAUUUGUGUUAUAUAUUCUACACAAAUACGCAAACGUUCUCAUAGAUUCCUGUUACAUAUAAUCUUGCUCAAGUCCACUGAACAAUCUUUUAAUGUAAGACCAGUGUUAAGGUAGUAAAAGGGCAUACAGCGUUUAUUUCAUUUUUCUUUUUAAAUAAUGCUGUAAUCAUUUUCAUACAUUACACUAAUUACACAAGGUCAUCAGUAUUCAUUAUUAUGUGGAGUGUUGAUCGCAUGAAGUGUUCAUUUGUUGUAUCUAAAGCACAGAGAAUGAGGACUCGAUGGUGUGAAGCUGUGCCUGUCUUGGAGAAAAAAAAAGAUGAGCACAGGUUGUUUGUUUUUUGAAUUAUUAUUAUUAUUAUUACUAUUGUUAUUAUUAUUAUUAUUAUUAUUUUUCAUUCACCAGCAAUGCCAUUAGCAGAUCUCUGUUGUUCGGUGGCCCAUAUCUGUAAGUGAUGUGGUCGUGUGUGUGUGUGUGUGUGUGUUUCUUCAGAGGCGGGUUUUCUGAUGUCGUGCGUGUGCUUGUUGGUGAGAUUGUGUGUUUAUGGUUUGACGACGGGUGUGACGAUGAAGAUGGGCUUCAGGAGUGUCAUAUUCAUGUUUCGCGUCUAAUUUGACGCACUGUGUACUGAGGUCCGAGGUUUCUGAGGCGGGUUUGUGCGGUUGUGCACGUGUUGGAGUCACGACCUGUUUAAUUCAUCUUUAUUUCUAAUCUUUACUCGACACAGUAGGCUAAGAGACCGCCGUAAAAAGGGUUAAUUAAGAGUCUGAUUGCUCUUAAAGUGUCCCAGGGGAGCUUCCAUCUCUCUCUCAGCAGCCCCAGUCAGCGGCCGGGGUGGUAUGUGAUAAAGAUCCUCACUCUGGGCGGCAGUGAAACACAUCAGUAGACAUUUCCAGGAAGACUUUAACAUUUAGAAACUGGUUUUUAAACUGCAAUCUGGUCAACAUUUUACAAAAGUAAUCAUUGUGCUACGGCCAUAACCCUGUAUUAAAGGUGAUUUAUCAGGCCAAUAUCUGCACUUUUUUUUAUUAUUAUUUCUAUUUAAAAUGUGCACUGAAGCGCAGUCACAAAAUGCAGAUUGAAGAGGGAGUUUAUUUAAGUUAUGCAAAUGUUGUAUACGAUUUGUUAAACUGUUAUCACUCAUAGAAUAUUUAAUCUUUGAAAAUACAUCUUCCCAUUAUAACAUAAUCAUUUUAACAAAAAUUGACUUUACACAUUAGUUUGAUCCAGCCACAGUGCUGUUAGAGCCUGAUCAAACAACAUGCUGCAUGCUUAUUGGCUCACUGACGCUGCUGAGAAAUCCUCAGGUACCAAAAACUGGAUAUUGAAUGAUAACAUUUCUUCGAUAUUGGGCGAUUGAGAGGAAGUUCGAUACUUAGUCGAUACCACAUAAGAGUGUAUAACAAUCAUAUAGAGGCAUAAAGCAGUACAGGCAUUAUAAUACGUUUGGUGAAGUGCACUUUGUAGCGUAACUCGAGCCCAAACGCACAACCCGACCACUCUCCUCGACCUCAGCUGCUUUUUUUUCAUCCAGCCAUGACUGAAGCAAGUAACUCAGACACCGUUUCCAUGUUCUCAUAGGAACAGUGCUGUACGACAACAUGUGUGUGCUGUAUAUAAACUGCUGUGCAUUCUGUACAGUUCUGAUAUUUGUCUAUAUGAAUAGUAGGAUAUGUUUAAUAGUAUAAUCUGUUCUAAGCAGGUAUCAUGUCAAAAGAAAACAAAACUGUGUGACAUCUAUUGAAGACAAUGUGUUAUGGGCCACUGGCAAUACAAAAACUCUAUGUAAAUAGGAUUUUCUUUGUGCUACAUUGUAAUAAUUUCUUUGUGCUCGUUCAUAAUAGCGGUGAGAAUACAAUCCUUUUUUGGCAACUUUUUUGAUCUGCGGAGGACUUUCUUUGAGCAAUGUGGGGUUUUUUUUUCUCUGGAGAAAAAGAAACAAACAAAAAAAACAAACGAUCUCCUUUUUUUCCUCUCCACUGUGAUGGGGAGCUUACGCAGAGGCUGUGUGAGACACUGCCUGUCUGUAGGAGGAGCAUAGACUCUGGUUCUGAUCCAACAUCAGGACGCCUCCUAGCUGACAAGCAUCUGAGCAGGUGUGUGGCCGACGGCACGGAGGUCAGCAGUCGCCUCCUGCCCAACCCCAGCACUCCACCUCUGACUGACUGUAGCCUAUUUUGAUCCUCUUUCAGAUGAAUAACUGUGACUUUGCAUCAUGAUUAGUAUAUUAUUUUGAAUGUAAUCUAGAAGGGUCGGGACCUUUUUUUUGAAUGUAAUCUGGGGGUGGGUGGCGGACAGGGGAGGUUGGGAAGGAUUGAGAACUUUUUUUGUAAAUAUCUGGUAAAAGAAAAAAAAAUAUGACAAGUUUUCAUUCUUGUGCAGAUAACGGAAAUUUUACUUACUAUGUGAAUACAAAGAGAGUGUGUGUUUAUGUGUGUGAGGAAAUGCUGUGUGUGUGUGUGUGUGCAUUUGCACACGCGCCUGUAUGCAAGUGUGGAUGUGUGUACGAGUGUGUGUGUGCGCGCUCCUCUGGCCGAUUUUAAUCCUGCUUUAAUCAGCCAGUUCUAUCAAUCAAUUCAAUGCUUUGUGCAUCAUGUGAGUAGCUUAUCCACAAUUAAUGGAAAUGUUCCUUGUGAUACUGUGCAUUUAAUAAAGGUGGUAUGUCUUACAAUA